AUGUUUGAAUCGAUUGCACACAUAUGUAUAUUUCUAUACGCAAACACACAUAUCUAUCUAUCUAUCUAUCUAUCUAUCUAUCUAUCUAUCUAUCUAUCUAUCUGGUUUGUAUCUCCUUUUGUUUCCUUGGGGAAAUUUUUUAUGCACUGUCGGCCUGCUAAGCCAGUCACAGCUUCACCAGUGUCCCGUUGGCCAGCAUUACCUUUUUCCACUUCCCACGACGAGGACGAGGGUCUCUCCCUAUCUACCUAUCUAUCUAUCUCAGUCUGUUCAUAUCUAUCUAUCUCAAUCUGUUUAUUUUCUAUCUUUCUUAAAUUGUUCAUUAUCUAUCUAUCUAUGCCUUUUCAUAUCUGUCUCUUUGCAUAUCUAUCUAUCUAUCUCAUUCCUUUCAUUAUCAUUCUAUAUCUAUCUAUCUAUCUAUCUAUCUAUCUAUCUAUCUAUCUCAUUCUUUUCAUUAUCAAUCUAUCUAUCUAUCUAUCUAUCUAUCUCAUUCUUUUCAUUAUCAAUCUAUCUAUCUAUCUCAUUACUUUCAUUAUCAUUCUAUAUCUAUCUAUCUAUCUAUCUAUCUAUCUCAUUCUUUUCAUUAUCAAUCUAUCUAUCUAUCUAUCUAUCUCAUUCCUUUCAUUAUCAUUCUAUAUCUAUCUAUCUAUCUAUCUAUCUAUCUCAUUCUUUUCAUUAUCAAUCUAUCUAUCUAUCUAUCUAUCUCAUUCUUUUCAUUAUCAAUCUAUCUAUCUAUCUCAUUACUUUCAUUAUCAUUCUAUAUCUAUCUAUCUAUCUAUCUAUCUCAUUCUUUUCAUUAUCAAUCUAUCUAUCUAUCUAUCUAUCUAUCUAUCUCAUUCUUUUCAUUAUCAAUCUAUCUAUCUAUCUAUCUCAUUCUUUUCAUUAUCAAUCUAUAUCUAUCUAUCUAUCUAUCUAUCUAAGUUUUUCAUUAUCUAUGAAUCUAUCUAUUAUAUUAUCUUUUUUCAUUAUCUAUCUAUCUAUCUACCUAUCUAUCGCGGUUUUUUCAUUAUCUAUCUAUCUAUCUAUCUAUCUAUCUAUCUCAGUUUUUUCAUUAUCUAUCUAUCUAUCUAUCUAUCUAUCUAUCUCAGUUUUUUCAUUAUCUAUCUAUCUAUCUAUCUCAGUUUUUUCAUUAUCUAUCUAUCUAUCUAUCUAUCUCAGUUUUUUCAUUAUCUAUCUAUCUAUCUAUCUAUCUAUCGAUCGAUCGAUUUGUUUUUUCAUUAUCUAUCUAUCUAUCUAUCUAUCUAUUAUAUUGUCGUAUUGGAAUGCAAAUCUAUUCUUAACUGCCUCGUAUGA